AUUCCAUGUUUCUUGCUGGACAAAGUCAUACACAGCGCAUGGCGUGGACAACUGGGCGAUCGAAUUGCUCUCCAUACUUUCCCUUCACCUUCCGUGAAGUUGCUCCAAGGUCGGCAUCGACCAUGCCUAUAAUUCAAUCUCCCCCUCCCUCUCUCCCUCCCUCGCAACCCAUCGCUGUCGCUGUGUUGGACCGAGACCGACAGCACAUUGCAUUACGCAUGCGAGCGAGCGAGCGCCCGUCGAUGGAGAUGAUGAAGGAAGCGGAAGGCCCCGCCCACCAGUUCUACGCCGCCACCUCUCUCCUCUUCCCUUUCCUCAUCGCGUUCGUCCAGUUCUCCGUCCGCUUCCUCAGCCUCCUGCUCCAGCCCGGCAGCUGUUCGACGGAAAGCCUGAGAGAUCGGGGGUCUCCCCGGCCUGCUGUUCCGCGCUGCGAGGCUGCGGUCAGCGGCGACGACCUCAAGCUUGUGCUGCAGGGGCUGGGGCUAGUGGCGGAGUGGGAGGCAGGCUCCGGCGGCGGGGAGAGGGUGGAGGUGGCGCAGGAGCUGCUGGAGGAGAAGACGGCGAGCUUGGCGGAGUUGGAGGAGGCGUUCUACGUGUUCAACAGGAAGGAGGACGGUUUCAUAAGUGCGGAGGAGGUGUGGAGUGUGAUGAGAAGGCUGGGGUUGAGGGAGGAGGUGAGUUUGGAUGACUGCCGGAGGAUGAUCGGGGUCUUCGAUCAAGACGGCGAUGGCAGGAUUAGUUUCAGCGAGUUUAGGAAUUUACUUGAGAUUGCUGCCUGAUUUACAUCUCUUUUUAAUUGCCGUUUUUUUUUUUAGAAAAGAAGCCUCUUUUCUAUUCCCGAGCAAA